CUGACCUGGGAUGAAACUGACCAUGACCGACUCAAGGUGACCAUGCGAGCUCCAUCUAAGAUGGACACCGCCACAGAAGAUGAUUUUAAAGCCUAUCUGGCUUCCAGUUCGGAUGAGGACGAGAAUCCUUAUGGUAGCUUUGUGGGUGCAUCAGAUGAAGAAGGUCAGUCUGAGGAAUCAGAUAACGAAGACAAACACAUAGACAAAUACCGGAGGCUGUUACAAAGCAUUCAGGAAACCGAGAAGGAACAGGAGAAUAAGGAUGUGGAGAUGGAGGUCACAUGGGAACCAGGUUUGAAGCUGACGACAGAGAAACUCUUAAAAAAGAAGGAAGAAGAGAAAGACAGUACAACGUGGGAGAAAUAUCUGAUAAAGAAAAAGGAGAAAAAACAGAAGAAAAGAGAGGAGAGAAAGUUACAGGCGAAAGGAGAAAAGGAAGAAAGCAAUACAAAAGGGAAAUCUAACAAGAUUGACAGAGAGGCUGACCUUGGUGAUGGUGAGGCAGCUUUCAGUGACGAUGAUGUACCAGGUGGGGUUGAUAUGUCGGAGUUUACUGACGAGCUCGGUGGUGACCCCAAAGUUAAGAAAGGAAAGAAGAAAAAGAAAAAGAGGGUUGUAGAAAAAUUAACGGAGGAGGAAAAGAAGGAAAAAGCAACACAAGAGGCGGAGCUUUCCCUGUUAAUGAUGGAUGAGAAAGAGGAUGACCGCCGUCACUUCAACCUCAAGGACCUCGUGGAGGACAAUACAUCAAAAAAGAAAAAGAAGAAAUUCAGGAAGAAGGAUUUGUUGAAAAAUAAAGCAAAGCCUGAAGAUGAAUUUAAGGUGGAUUUGGAGGAUGAGCGUUUCACAGCAAUGUACUCGUCACACAUGUAUAACCUAGAUCCAACGGCGCCCGAGUACAAACGUACCAAGGGCACAGAGGCGAUCGUCAAUGAAAAACUCAAACGUAGUAAACAGAAGCGAGAUAAAUCCGGAGGCAGUGAUAGGAAAAUGGACAGACAAGGGGAUAUUACAGAACCUCCCAGUAAAGUGAAACGAGACGCUAAUGAACAUCACGGUCAGGAAGCAUCGUUACAGUCGCUAAUUAAAUCAGUGAAAACAAAAACACAGAAUUACAAUAUCAAAUCAAAAUCAAAGAGAUGACAACUUUGUGAGAGUUUUUCACCUACAUCAAUAACUCAGGAUUGAAUGGUCUUUGAACACCUUGCGGCAGCUAAGUGAUCCGUCAGUCAGUAUGUGGUAUAUAAGGAAUAGAUAUACAUUGUAUAUCAUAUAUAUUAUUACUGGUAAGUUAUCAGCUACUUAAAGUCUGACGUUAUGCUCUAUUUUCCAUUUUUAUGCAGCUGUAACAAUCCUGCAAAUCUUAGCUAUGUCGUGAAGUACAAGAUAUUCAGUAGCGCCACAAACUGUCCUGUUCACGCUCUCGGAGUAUAAUAUGUACAUUGUACCAGCAAUAUGACUACAGAAAUCCUCUUGUCAGGACCCGACAUCAUGGAUUUGGUAACCCUAGCAACCCUGUAUGACAUUACAGGUAAACCAUCCAGGUGUUCAGUGAAGUCUUGAUACUAGCAGUAUCUACUUGAAGUCCCCUAAAACACAGUCUGCAUAGUAGGACAAGAUCUAUGAUGGCCUACUAAGAAGGAUGUGAAUAAAUUGGCAAGGGCUAUAAUACACUGAAUAUUAAAUAGUGAGAAAAAAGUUGGAUACUUAUCAAAAGUAAGUAGAUUAGCUGUUACAAGAAGGCAGAAUUCUGAGUCAAAGGUUAAGGUCAAUAAGUCAAGGGUCAAAUUAAGAUCAAUGAAGAUUUGUUAUACAUUCUAGUUGGAAAAGUUUUUAAGAAUUCUUCUUUUGAUUGCGAAAGGCAAGGAUUAAAAUAAUGUCUGUCAAAUGAUGGAUAAAGAGAAUAAUUUUAAAAUUGAUCGUGUUUUAUUAUUUCAUAAAUACCUGGGGUAUUACAGUUAGUCCAGCGAAUGUUGAGGGACAUUUUGUUAUGAAAUAAAAUUUAAUUAUUUAUUAUAUGAGAAGAUGAAUUUCAUAAAUGUAUUGUUACAACGUGUACUGUUUUGAAAGUGUGUUAAGGUUGAGAGUCUCAACACAUUUCAAGUCUAUUUCUCACUUGACGAUUGUUAUUUUUUCAAAUAACAAAUAGGAACUCUUCUUUGAAGGAGGUAGAAUAGAGUGCUGAGACUGCCUACCUUAACACAAAAUCUUCAAAAUACUUUGUUUACCAACACAUGAAAUGAUGAAAUAAAAUAUAAAAAUGAAAAACAAUA